GAAGAUGAUGGGGAUGAAGAUUUUAAUCCCAGCCAGACACUGGCGCACCGCUACACGCAGAGGAGCAUGGAGAAGCACUCCCAGGAUCAAAUGAACCUGAAGGUGAGCGAGCUGGUUCAGUUCCUCCUGGUGAAAGACCAGAAAAAGAUCCCCAUCAAGCGAGUGGAUAUCCUGAAGAAUUUUACACGGGAAUACAGAGAUGUUUACUCAGAGAUCAUCAACCGAGCGGGCAAGACCCUGCAGCAGGUAUUUGGGCUGCAGCUGGUGGAGAUCGACACCAAACAGCACAUCUACAUCCUCACCAGCACCCUGCCCUGCGCCGAGGGGGAGAACCUGUGCUG